UUGUGCACAGCUUGGAAAAUUUUUAUCUCUCUAUGAAAAUUCGUCGUGUUGGCACAAUCAAAAUCGGUGUUUCUACAACCAAAAUAUAUCAAUGGGACCUCUAUGAAAAACUAAUAGAAUUCUCUAGUAACCCUGAAUGUAUUGAUGUAGAGCUUACUGAAUUCUUGAUGUGGUCAGGAGAAACCACUCCCAUAGAUGAUUACGAUGUGUUUUUACACUUACGGAGACUUGUAGAUCAAGCAAUUUCCUCUGAUGAUUAUAAUAUAGGUUGUGCUUUAAGAGUGUACUUGAGGACUCUUACUAUCGAUAUUCCUUCUGAACAAAUUGAGGUACACGUCCUAGGUUUACUGGAUGAGCACGAUGUUAUCUUUGAAUUUGAUCAUCACCAAAUUGAAGAAGCAGCUCCAUCUCAGCUUGAAGAAGGUUUUCAAGUCUCACUCAAUGAGACCAUUGAAGAAGAUGUUCCAGGUUUAGAGGAUGAUGAGCAGGAUAUUAUAUUUGAAUUUGAUAAUCAUAUUGAAGAAGCAGCUCCAUCUCAGCUUGUAGAAGUUUACCGAGUUUUGCUCAGUGAGACCAUUGAAGAAGAGAGGCAGCUCGGUCUCAGCUUAGAGAAGUUUUUUGUCUCGCUCAAUGAGACCAUUGAAGAAGACGUUCUAGGUUUAGAGGAUGAGCCCGAUGUUGUGUUUGUCUAUGAAGAAGCAGCUCCAUCUCAGCUUGAACAAGUUGCUCGAGUCGACGACUUUGUACACUUAUUGGAUGUGCACAAUGUUAGCUUUGACUUUGAUCAUCAAACUGAAGAAGCUGCUCCAUCUCAACUUGGACAAGUUUUUCAAGCCUUGUUCAAUGAGGCCAAUAUUGUGAGGUUAAGACCUGCGAGCAAGCUCGCUGUCGAGUCUUUGAAAAGAAAAAUAUACAAGAAGACUAGCGAUGUGGUCGGUGAGAUUGACAUGUGCUCUAUUUGUUUGGAGGAAUUUGACGACGGAAGAAGUAUUGCGACUUUACCGUGUGGAGACGAGUUUGACGAGGAGUGUGUUAUGAAUUGGUUUAUGAGUAGUCAUGUAUGUCCAUUGUGUCGUUACGAGAUGCCAUUGUGUCAUUGA